UGGGGGGGAGUAAAGUGUUACCCAAAAAGCAAAACCAACACUUGAAUUGAAAUUUUAACAUGUAGAGAUUGACUGACAUCUCUGCAGUGGUCCUGUUCGCUUACAGUAAUAAAAGUGUGUCAAAAUGAUUGUGGUAAUUAUUAUUACAUAAUAAAAUGCUACAGUUAGCAUAUUUAAGAAGACAGUGAGUGUAGGUGUGUGUAACACUAGAAAGAGCACAGCCUGGCAUGGUCUUAAUCCGUCCACAUACCAGCCACUGCCUGAUAUGGUGUGUGUGUGUGUGUGUGUGUGUGUGUUGGGAUCAUUUCAGAGGCACUGAGCUGAAACCUGACGCCCCCCUCAACUCAAAUUAGUCUCCCCAUGCGUCCUCUCAUACAGACGCACAUCGCUGUGCAUGGUGAGGAAGCUGCGAACAAACAAACACAGCAGUCGCUACUUGUGUGGAAAAAGAGGAAUGGAGUGAGUGUUGGAUGAGCGAGGGAGGGUGUGUGAGGAAGAGGAGGACGGGCGAGUACUGGUACUUAGUGUCGGCGUUCGGUGUCACAGGAGCUGAAGAAGAGAUCUCUGAGUGGAGAUCACAAACUGACUCCUGCUUCGUUUCUCUUCUCGGAUGUGAAACUGCUUUUUCUCGAACUGACUGACCUCGAUGUGACUUCUUGACUUCUGAUUGUGUUUUCAGUGUCGGCAUCUGUGAUAUUUCUCACUACUUACUGGACGUGAAAAGUUUCUCCAAGGCAACAAGUGCUGAAAGUGAACCCCAACCCUGAAGACAAACUCUCUGGCUUCACUCGAAGCUGACAGCUGAUGUUCAAACUGUCAGUCUGACUGAAGACGAGCAGAAGGACCUGACACAGGAGGAGGAACGCCAACUGCCUCCUCAGUCGAUCAACCACCAGUUUUUAAUGAGAGAGAGAAACUAACUGCGAACGGGCCGAACACUCACCGACCAUCAGCAGAUGGAGAGGAAGGAGGAGGUUAAGUUUGGCGGAGCGGCCAUGUCACUGCCGGCGGACCUGAGUUGCCUGCAGGGCAGCGGGGGAGCAGAGGGUGAGGCGACGCUAGCAACGCUGGAGAAACAGCUGAUCUGUCCCAUCUGUCUGCAGCUCUUCAACAAACCGGUGGUCAUCCUGCCCUGCCAGCACAACCUCUGCAGGAAGUGUGCCAACGAGCUCUACCAGCCCUCCCUGUUCCAGGCUCGUACCACCAUGCUGGUGAACAGCGGCCGUUUCCGCUGUCCGUCCUGCAGACAUGAAGUGGUGCUGGACCGCCACGGUGUCUACGGCCUGCAACGAAACCUGCUGGUGGAGAACAUCAUCGACGUCUACAAACAGGAAGUCAGCAACAACAACAACAAUGCCACAAGCCCCCUUCCUCCUCCUCCACCUCCUGCUCAGGUAACGUGUUCAGACCAUGAGGGCGAGAAGGUGAACAUCUACUGUCUCACCUGUCAGGUUCCUACAUGUUCUCUCUGUAAAGUGUUCGGGGCUCAUCGGUCCUGCCAGGUGGCUCCUCUGACAGACGUCUACCAGCAGCAGAAGGAUGAGCUGAGUGAAGGAGUCAGUUCUCUGGUGGCGGUCAACGACAAAGUCCAGGCUUUGAUCAAUGGGCUGGAGGAGGCUUGCAGAAGCAUAGAGGAGAACUGUAAGACUCAGAAGCAGAGUGUGUGUGAGAAGUUCAGCCGUGUGUUUUCCAUCCUGGAGGACAGGCGAAAGGCGAUGACACGGCGAAUCAGCUCCGAGCAGGAAGAGAAGACAGGCCACGCCCAGGCGUUGGUGCGUUGCUAUGGAGACAGCGUGGAGGCCAACAGCAAACUGGUGGAGAGGGCAGUGAGCAGCAUGGAGGAGCCUGACAUGGCUGCUUUUGUUCAGAAUUCAAAGGAGCUGAUCACAAAAGUGCUAGCAGCGACCAGCUCCUGUCCAGCCGAGACACUGAAACCAGGCUAUGAGAGCAUGAGCCACUACAGAUUUAACUUCAGCAGACAGGAGAGAGCUCUGAAGAGCAUAGACUUCCUCAAAGUUGUGGAAGAUGUUCCUGAAGAACCAGAGGUGGAGCAAGAGCCAGAAGAACUCAAAGAGCCCUCUGAAUCAAAACACCAUCAGGAAACCUCCGUCCAGAACCUGGAAUCUGUUUUAGAACCAGUUAAAGAACCAAUCCCAGCACUGAUGUCCCCAUCAGUAGAACCAGUACUGAUGUCCCCAUCAGUGGAACCAGCACUGAUGUCCCCAUCAGUGGAACCAGUACUGAUGUCCCCAUCAGUGGAACCAGUACAGACAGCUGCACCAUCAUCAGCCCCAGCUCCACCUGCACGAGGUCUGGUGAGGUACUGUACUGUGGAGCCUGCAGGCGCAGUUCUGCAGCCAGAGCCUGACGGCCCAGACUUAAAUGGCGGAGGAUCCGGUCUGAUGAAGAACAAGACGGAGGAGGAAGAGGAGAAAGAGGAGGCGGAGGGAGUUGCUGCUCCUGGUCCUGUUAAAGAGGGAAACGUCUGUGAACACGAGGAGGGAAUGAGCACACAACAGUGUGAGGGGGGAGAGGCAGAAAGUGAUGCAGGUGAUUGGACGGCACGGAGUGAGACAGAGGAAAAACAUGAUGCUCAGAAUGAAGAAGCAGAAAUGCAGAUGGAGGAGGAAAUAGAUGCUAUGUUUUACCCCAGCUGGUACAAACCCAACAGCUGGCGCAGGGUUAACCCCCUUCCUGCAGAAAUCCUGCCGAAGGUUGGUAAUACAGAGCAGACGGUGUGUUCACCACAACCAGCUGGAGGUUCCCUUUCGGAGGCCAGGACCCGGACUGAGGCUCAAGGUGCAGUCCAAGCCCAAGCGUCUGAGCCCCAAAUACAACCACAAUCUCCAUGGAGUCUGGUUUCUCAGACCCAGGAACAGAGCAUGUCUUACUCCAACCAACCUCCCCCUGGACCUGCGCUCUUCCCCCACCUGCAGCCACAACAACUCCCACUUUCCACUGAGCUUCAUACUCAGCCUUUCCUUCCUCUCCCUCGACUCCCACACCAGCCAGAAAACCAGUCCCAACCUCUGUCUCCUCUUCAUGAAUCCCAGCCUCAACCCCAGAAGGUACCUGCUGAGCUGGGCGGUGCUUUUGUAGCAGGAGAAGCCGGUAUCGUCGAGGACGAAAAUGAGGAGGGCUGGGUGUGCCUACCUGGGGCUGUGGAUAAAAGUUUCAGCCUGGUAGAGGGUAGUUUUGAUCUUGGAGAAGUUAGUUUGGACAGUUUUUCUGAUAAUAAUGAUAGUCCAUCAUCCAUACCACCAGAGGAGACUCGUUCUGGGUCUGAGAGAGGCAGCUCAGAGACGGAUAAAGACAACUUUGAGCUCAGUGAUGGAGGAGUAGAUAACACAGAAGAGAAAGAGCAUCUUGAAGAAGAUAGUUUAGAUCUAAAAUGUGCUUCAGAGCUGAAAGAAAGAGGGCUGGGAGAGGGUGAUUUUGAAGCUGAGACGAUGAAUGAAGGGCCGGGAAAAGGAAGUGUUUGGUCUGAUGAAAGAAGUGAAGUGCAGGGGAACGAUCUCUCUGGAUUAGAGAGGGCUGCUGCAUCUAUGAGGGAGGAUAGCAGCUCUAAAGUAAAAAAUGACAGCUUGGAUGUAGGAGAUCUAGGAGUGGAGAGUACAGAUAGCGUGAUAUCAGGAGACGGUGACGCAGAGUUUGAGGUUGGCACUUCAGGCUUUGCAGAAAAGAAAGAGGAGGAUGGAGAGAACAGCGAGCAGCCUGAAGACUUUAACGCCAAAAUGGAAACGAGUGUUGCUGAAACGGAAGAGAACAUAACCUCCUCUGUCUCUCUCCAGGUCAGUGUCGCCUGGUUUUACCUUCAUCAUUGUCAUCAUCAUCAACCGGGCUAUUGCACUCUUCACCCACCCGCUGAUGUGGCUACACCUCCACAUUAUCUUCUUCUUCUGUCAUGUUCUUGCUGUUUAUGUUCGGCAGGGUCACUUUUGCAACUUGGGUGAAACAGCUUCAGCACUUUCACUUAGGUCUCUGUGUUGUUGUCAUGUUGGAAAAUGAAGGGAGAACGGAGAGGAGGAAGGAAGGAAGGAAGGACAAAGGCACAGGUCAUUGCUGCUACUUCCAAAAAAAAUGUUACCCCAUAAUUAAAAGCUAAUCCCAUGUCAGUGAAAAAGCCCGCUCUAGAACUGCAGUCACACCUUUUCUGAGUUCUUCCGAUCAUUUACAAGGAAAAAGUCUGUUUGACUUUAUAAAAUGGCAUCAAAUCACCACCAGUCUUCUCUAAACACCUCAUGUUCUUUAGUUGCUUGUAGCCAAACAAUUACACAAAGUCUUACUUAUAUUCUUACCUCAUUGUGUAGUGUUACUUCAUUAGUGAGAGGAAAUCCUAACUUUCUCACGUUCCCCUCAAAACUAUUUCUCCUGUCAGUAUCUGCUCAUGUCUGUUUAAACGCUAAACACACAGUUUGCUGUUGCAGUUCUAUCUCUGGCCUUCCUCCAGGAAGUUACCGCCACCAGCAGGUCGAAAUUUCAUUUAGUCUAAUGCUUUGGUUUAUGACCAAAUUCCCUGCAAAACUAAUGACAUUCCCAUCAGCCUCAGCUUCAUGUAAACAUCAGUAUGUUAGCAUGCAGACGUUAGCAUUUAGCUCAAAUGUAGGCGUGCUACACACACUAUGGUAGUAAGUUGUUGAAAACUGAGGUCAGAUGUUAUUCAAAGCACAUAUGGCACAUGGAUGUCACACGGUGUUCCAAGCUCCAGAUUUUGGUGGUGUUGUUUUGUCUUGUUUGAAUAUAUUUUGAAAUCAUAUGCACUGUUUGGUGUAAUAAAAUGAGAUGUGCUGAUUGUUCUUUAUAGCUGACAUUCCACUGAGCAGUGUGGAGACGGUGAACAGCUGGAGGUUUGUUGUCUUGUCUUAUCCUCCAGCGAGACUCAAACCUGUGGACGUUCAUAACCCUUCUCACAAAUGAACCCUUCCACCCGAUUUCAUGAAAUUCUUGAUUCUCUAAAAUGAAAAUGGUCGAACUACACGAGUGCCUGCGUGAUUACAGUAAUCGCUUCUCUUUCCUUCCUCCCUGCCUUCACAGUUUUCUGUGUUAGUGGGUGUUUUUUGUUGCAGCUUCAUCACUCCAUCUCUUCUCUUUCAUUUUUUUCAAUCUCUUUUAUUAUGUCCCACCAUACUUUUCACAUUUUUGUCCCCUAUAACUCCCUUCCUUCCCUCUGUCUUCAC